AAGUAAGAACAGCGGCGGCCGGCGAGAGCAGAUUGGGGAAAAGGGUUAACCUAAAGACCUAUGUUACAUAUUAUUUAGCAAAUAUAACACUACGCUACAUUAGCUUGUAAGUAACAUUAGAAACGGAAUAUAGAGGUCACUAACGAAGCCACAAAGGCCAGCAGGUUUGUUAUUUUAUAUAAAAUUACGUAAAUAUGAGGCUACAACAUAAUUGGCUAGCUCAAAGCUAACAUUACAGUAACAGCUACAGCAGCUUACUCAGCAAACGUGUCUGGUAAAAUGCUCGUCGUCGCUUUUGUCAUUUAGCUGUAUCUGGCUUUAAUGACAGUGACACAUCAGACAGACACACCAUGCGGAAAGACAACAUCGGAGCAGUGUUGGACUCGUAGGAAACUAGCUGUGUAGAAAAGAGCAGCUUAAAUGGAGAGAAACAGCGAGGAAGGGGGUGCUCCUGAUGAAGAUGGAGACCACGAAGCCGGUUGGAUUAUGAAGCCAGGCAGGUCGGAGACUAAAGAAGAGGAAGUGACACCUGCAUGUAGCAGAACAGCAUCCAACGAGGGAGCACCAGACCCUUCUACGGACAUUUUGGCUUUGAGGAUCCGGAGAGGACUUGUGUGCCAGGAUCAGGAGAAACCAGAAAGGAAGACUGGACCAACGGUAUCAGAUAGUGUGUUAUCUGAUGGUCAGGCGGAAGCUGUUGAGCCAGAGAGGGAUGCCCCCUCUGUGUCUCCCUCCAGCCUCAUGGACACCUGUGAUCCUUCCAUAUCAAGCCUCUCCUCCUCUUGCUUCUCCACCCAUCAUCAACCAAUGUUGUCUUCAUCCUCAUCUUCCUCUUCCUCUGUCUUGUCUCUGACUCCACCCUUGCCUCCCUCUGUGGAUCUCCCAGCUGUGUUGACUGAUACAAGGCUGACCCUGGAUGUGUACCAGGGAGGAGCAGCGGCGCUGCCUCUGCUUUGGGGCUCCAUCCCAGAUCAGCUGAAGGGCCUCCAGUACCUGAGACUGGGCUCUGAGGAUAAACCAGGCUUGGAUGGUGCAAUGGAUGUCCUACCCCAUCUGGUGGAGCUCCGCUCACUGGCUAUUCGUGGACACUGUUUUUAUGACUCACAAGGUGAUCCACUGCCUGGCCUCCUCACCACUUUACCCACACCUAUGGCCUCCCUUUCUCAUCUGGUGCACCUGGAUCUCUCCUUCAACCAGCUCGCCUGUCUGCCAUCCUGCCUUCUCAGCUUGCCUGUACUGUCCUCUUUGCUCCUCUGUCACAACCACCUCUCAGCUUUGCCUCCUGAUAUAGGCCUGCUGUCCUCCCUCACAUACCUCUCCCUCCUGGGCAACGAGCUGGUCUCUCUUCCCCCGAGUCUGGGUCAGCUGAAAGCACUACAAACACUGGAUAUUUCACAUAAUCUCCUUCAGCAACUGCCUGAUGAAAUUGGUUGUCUAGAGGAGCUUGUUAAGCUGGAUUUGUCCCACAACAAGCUGAAGCAGCUACCAGAGAGCAUGGGCUCUCUCCUCUCCCUAAGGGAACUUGUCAUAUACAGCAAUGACCUCCGCUUGAUCCCACAUAGUUUGAACAAACUGUCUCUGCUGAAAAUAGAUGUGCGUGACAAUCCUUUGGGACAACCCCCAACCCCUCCUCCUCUGCCUCCUACACCUGAUCAAACAGAAACAAAAAUUCCUGAGUUGCACCUCGGAUUCAAUCAGCACAGUUUCUGUGUUUCGUCUGCUGGGUGUCAUGUGUUUCUCCCAGGGGGGGCUGAGCUGCUGUUCCCCCCGGGAUGCCUGGUGAGUACCACAAGACUGGAGUGGGCAGAGAGAAGGCCAGAAAGGAAGUGGGUGUGGCUGGAGGAACAUGACAUCUUACUGAGUCGUCCACUGGAACUUCGUCCUCAUGGAAUUACAUUUCUGAAGCCUGUGGAGGUGUGUGUGCCAUAUCAUCGGACAAGAAGGAGGGAGGUGGUGGUGCAGAGGUUUGAUGGACAGUCAUGGAGCACUCUGCCCACUGUUCUGAGGAGAGGAAGCGAGAGCCAUAGCAGUCACCCCGGUGGACGUCCAGCUAGGCUGGCCUGCUGCGCAGUGCGGCAAUUUUCCUGGUUUAUGGCAGUGUCCCGUCCAGUAAAGGACAGUUGCUCUGUUACACCAGCUGGAGCUCUGCUGGUGUCCAGCUCUGACCCUGGAAUUAAACUCCACUUCCCUCCAGACUCCACCUUGCAGACCCGCACUAUAACUUUACAGGUGCUGCAGGUGUCCGUGUCAGAGGUACAGACACUGUGUGGUGACCCUCAGGCCAGCGUUAGUCCUCUCCUCUGCCUCUCCCAGACUCCCAGCACAGAUUUCCUGCAGCCUAUCAAAGUUCAGGUCCCUCUGCCAUCUGGAGUCACAGGCCACACGGUUGAAAUGUCCCGUUUACAUCUGCUACAUGGGGACCCCACUGCCCAAACCUGGACUGACAUUACAUCGCAAGUGUCUCUCUACGUCACCCAUUUGUAUGCCAUUUUCUACAUCACACAUUUCUCCUGGUACUGGCUAUGGUACACCACUCAGCGCUGUGUUAGUGGGGUGGUCAGGAAGGUCUAUCAAAAGCUAAAACAGUUCAAAGUCCAGUUCCUCGUCCUCCAGCGGAAGACUGAUCCCUCACAAGUUAUGUUACAGUGUUUACCUUCUAACAAGGUGGACAACAGAGUCCAGUCUUUGUCAGAGCAAUAUGACGGACCUCAGCCUUCAGAUCUUUGUGACCUGCUGGAAGGAGAGCAGUUCUUUGCCGGCUUUGAGAGGGGCUUAGAUAUCAGCACAGAGAGACCAGAUUGUGUCGGGGGAAGACUGUGUUUUGUGUUUUACUCCAGCCUGAAGAAUCUGAAGGAAGUGUACAUCUGUCCAGCUCAGGGUCAGAAGGGGCCAGUGAGGGGACAAGUGUCUUUUUAUAGAGGGGAGAUUCCAAACAAUCUGCCAGAGGAAGUGGCGAGAAAGAGGAAAGGACACGACAGCCAGUGGCUUGCAACUUUACCACUAAGACUUCCUGCUCUAAACUCAGAAAAUAAUUUUGUCAUGGAAGAUCUCCAGCAUCCUCCUCUGAACCUGGGUGACCCUGAGAGCGGCUACCUGACAGAAGCCAACUUGCUGUCCAUCUCCCUUCAGAUAGGACAGGACUGGCGUGUUAUUGGCAUCAAUCUUGGCUUAAGCUACCAGGAGUUGGACCGCAUCCAGUACAAGUACAGGGACAACUUGGGAGCCUUGGUGCUGGACAUGCUGUUCCACUGGGCCCGGGGACAGAGGAAUGCAGGACCAGGGGCGGCGUCGAGGCUGGUGGCAGCUAUGAUAGAGAGUGGCAGGAGGGACCUGGCAGAUGAGAUUGAGGACAUUGUCAGUAUAGGAAGGAGAAAGUACUCAGAGUCCCUGAGGAGAGUAGGCCUGGAAGCAGAGAGCUCCUCCCUUGGUGAAACACAGUAGGAGAUAAACCCACGCUGAGUGCAGAUGGCUGACUUGCACUUGAGUAACCUGUUUGUAUACAGCGUCCCUCAUCAUCUCAUCCUGCUGUCUAAAGAACUGUCCUGGAGAACAAAAACAUCCCUCUUUUUGCACAAUCAUGAUAGCAAACUACUUGCUGGCAGCACCUUUCACAACACCUAAAGGAAACAUGUGAAAUGGAUGAACAAGAUGAUGGCCUGUGGCUUUUUUUUCUCCAUUUUUUAAAAACUGCCUCAGUGAAUAAGACAAUACUGCAGAAACCCAUUUCUGCCAGGAAAAAGGGAAAAUAAUUAUUAAAAAAUAUAAAAAUACUCAUGUUAAGUCAAAAUUAUGAGAUACUGAGUACUUUUUUGAAUUCACAUCUAAUAUUUUUGAUUGCUACCCCCUCAUUUUUAAUUACAGUAGCAUCUCAUCAUUGUGACUUAUCAUAAUUUGGACUUAGUAUGUCAUAAUUUUGCCUUAAUGUCUCAUAAGUUUGACUCAGUAAGUCAGACUUCUGAGACAGUCAGUAUCUACCUCAGUAUCUCUAUUGUUGUGACUUGCUGUGAGUAUUUUUUUCCAUUCCCUUUCCAUGUUUUGUAUUUCUUGGCAGACCAGAUACAUUGAAUUCCAUGAAAUUCACUAAUACCUGUCCAGGGCAGAGCUGAGAGGCAGAGCAAACACUGGGAGCUGUUGGACUUAAUGAAAGAGCAAGAGGAGGCCAUUUUUAUGGUUGAUUUAAUGCCUUCCUUGUGUGCCUUUGGUCACCUAGAAACCAGCUCACCUGCAGCACAGUCUCAGUGACAAAUCAGGACGUUCAGUUUUUAAAUGUCUGUAUGAAUUUCUGACGUUUUUAUCUCUAGUAAAACUGUG